AAACGCAAGCAGGUGGUCCUUUUGCGUUCCGGACUCAUCAGGCAAACAUGGCCGCUGAGGGAGAUGUCGAUUUGGACCUGGAAGCCGAGGACAAUUGUACUGGCAAACCAGCAGAAAAACCACGAAAACAUGAUAGCGGAGCUGCUGAUUUGGAAAGGGUUACUGAUUAUGCCGAAGAAAAAGAAAUAUCAAGUUCCGAUUUGGAAACGGCAAUGUCCGUAAUUGGUGACAGAAGAUCCAGAGAACAGAAAGCAAAGCAAGAACGGGAAAAAGAACUGGCCAAAGUCACAAUUAAAAGAGAGGACGUAGAACUCAUUAUGGGCGAGAUGGAGAUUCCACGAGGCGUUGCUGAGCGUAGCUUACGAGAACACAUGGGGAACGUGGUUGAGGCCUUGAUUGCCCUGACCAACUGAGAAGCCCCACUGGAUCACCAUUUCAACACGUCACAGCCAGACACACUGAAGAUGCUUUGUAUCCAACCUCUCUGCUCGCUCUCAUCUCCGACAUCCAGUGACUGGAUCUCCAUUCCACAGCUCACCCCCCUUGUAUUUGAUUCUGUAAUAAAAGUGACUUUUAAAAAGGAAGGAUUCUUCUGAAACACCAA